AUGAGCUCCAUUCUGCCAGCCCUCCUGGGCCUCACCCUCAUGCUGCCCCGAGUGCAGGCCCUGACCUGUCAGUCAGGAAUACUGAUGAUUGGUAGGAAAACAUCAGAACUGCCCUUGGAGUGGAAAACAGGCGAGGAAUUCUGCAUGGAUGGCUGGGAUUGCCAAGAUUCGCUGAUGCUCAUUGAGAAUGGACCCGAAGUGUUCCUAGCACUCAGCAAGGGAUGUACCCAGAAGGAGGAUCAUGACGCCCGUAUCACCCAGCACAGGAAAGGCCCUGGCCUCUCUGUCAUCUCCUACACCCAUGUGUGCCGCCACAAGAACCUCUGCAAUGACCUCUCCUCCACCCUCCCAGUCUGGACCCUGCCCACCUCUGCAGUCCCAGGGUCUGUGCGGUGCCCAGUCUGUUUUUCUGAGGAAGACUGUGAAUCUGCAACAGAGAUGACCUGCCCCGUUGGGCACACGCAUUGCUACAAUGGGGUCCUGCACCUCAGGGGAGUUGACAUCUUCACCGAUCUGAAAGUCCAGGGAUGCAUGUCCCAAGGCUGCAACCUGCUGAAUGAGACUCGGAAAAUCGGGGCCUUGUCUGUGAGUGAAAAGUGUGAUUCUGAUG